GGGCCUACGGAACACUACGGUCGGAAAAUGGCGCCCAGCUCGAAAUCAGAAAAGGACGGUAACAAACAAACGCAGAGAAAACACAAAGAACAUGUCGUCAAGCUUCUGAACCGUGGAAAGUUGUCUGGCCAGUAUUCUCAGCGCUUGUUCAGGAAACUACCACCGCGCGUCUGUGUUCCCCUGAAGAACAUAGUCAGCGAGGAGUUCCUCAGAGCAGGACACAUCUUCCUGGGGUUCACUAAGUGUGGUCGUUACGUGCUGUCCUACACCAGUGACUGUGGAGAGGACGAUGACUUCUCCUUCUACACCUAUCACCUCUACUGGUGGGAGUUCAACCUACACAGCAGACUCAAACAGGUGCACCAUGUGCGUCUGUUUACAGGUGAGGACAUCUACAGUGAUCUCUACCUGACAGUGUGUGAGUGGCCCAACGACCACUCCAAGAUCGUCAUCUUUGGCUUCAAUACUCGUAGCUCCAGCUCAGUGUUGAUGAACCUGAUGAUGAGUGAUGAGAACAACAGAGAUAUCUACAUCACCAUUGCCUCCAUGCCUCCUCUCAGACCCUGCUCUCAAUGCUGCCCUCCAAACACCUCUACCAUAUGCACAGGUAGUGGAGAGUGUCUGGAACAUGGCUAUAUGUUGAGCACUUCAGGGGCGGGGGGGCGCAUCAUCACAGACAUGUACGCUGCAGUGAGGGCCUUCAAAACUAAACUGUGCCUGUGGGAGAAUCAGAUGCUGCAAGGAAACCCUUGCCAUUUUCCCUGCUGCCAAUCCAUAAAAGCGCAGAUCUCUACCGCCGUGUUCCCAUGCGCACAGUUUGCUGAAAAACUCAGUGUUCUCGCCGCUGAGUUUAGCCGGCGAUUUGCCGACUUCGAUGCCCAGAAAUGCAAGUUUGAACUGCUUAGUAAUCCCUUCGCAGUUGAUGUGGAAAAUGCACCAACCAACAUCCAAAUGGAGCUGAUUGAACUCCAGUGCAACGACACGCUGAAGUCAAAGUAUGAUGCUGUGGGCGCCGCACAGUUUCCACGGUUCAUCCCUGACACAAUGCCUCAGCUCCGCACCCAAGCUGCUCAGAUGCUCUCCAUGUUCGCAGCACUUAUCUAUGCGAGCAACUUUUCUCCUCGAUGA